AAAACAUAGUGAAAGGUACUUUUGCAAGUAUGUACUCCCUCCGUCCCAUAUUAUAAGCAAAUUUCACCUUUAAUAAACUGAACACAUGUGUUUUGCCUUUCAUGAUGUUUUUCACCCAAUUCUCUACGAUACCAUGUGUUUUGCGUUGCCAAAUUUUUUAUCCUUUCAUCUAAUUUUGUGAUACGAAACGAAUCAUGAGUUUGUAUCUGAGUUGAACUCGUUACAUUAUUUCACAUUUGUCGCGACCUGGUUGCAUCUAGCGACUGUGCGAUGAGAGAUUUGACCCGUCUUUAUAUACAACAAAAUCAUAACAUAACAAAAGAAACAAGAUAAGCUAACAUGGCAAGUAGCAUUUCAGAAACACCUCUAUUACUCGCAACUCAAGAAGAUAAUGGAAACCACAACACACAGAGAUGGUGGAACAAAAUCUUGGAUAUGGAGGAAGCCAAACAUCAACUCAUGUUCUCACUUCCAAUGAUUCUUACAAACUUGUUCUAUUACUUGAUCACUUUGGUUUCAGUCAUGCUUGUUGGUCACCUCGGUGAGCUUGAGUUAGCCGGUUCUACUCUCGCUAAUUCUUGGUUUAGUGUCACUGGCGUGGCUGUUAUGGUUGGUUUAAGCGGUGCGCUAGAAACACUCUGUGGACAAGGUUUUGGAGCAAAGGAAUAUCACAUGUUGGGAAUUUAUUUACAAAGCUCAUGCAUCAUAUCGUUUAUUUUUUCAAUCAUUAUAUCCAUUAUUUGGUUCUAUACACAACAUAUUCUUGUGUUUCUUCAUCAAUCACAAGACAUUGCAAGGACAGCUGCACUCUAUAUGAAGUUUCUUAUACCAGGAUUACUUGCAUAUAGCAUCUUGCAAAAUAUCUUGAGGUUUCUACAAACACAAUCUGUAGUCGUGCCACUGGUUAUCCUUUCAGCUAUUCCAACAUUGAUUCAUGUUGGGAUUGCUUAUGGAUUUGUUGAAUGGACUGGCUUGAAUUUCAUAGGUGGACCUAUUGCAACUUCUGUUUCAAUGUGGAUAUCAGUGAUAUUGUUAGGUUUAUAUGUCAUGUAUGCGAAGAAGUUUGAGAAAACAUGGAGAGGAUUUUCAAUGCAAUCAUUUCAUUAUUUGUUUACAAACAUGAAACUAGCUCUGCCUUCUGCAGGAAUGGUGUGUUUGGAGUAUUGGGCUUUUGAAAUUAUGGUUUUCCUAGCUGGAUUACUGCCUAACUCACAAAUCACAACUUCAUUGAUUGCAAUAUGUGCAAACACAGAAUUAUUUGCUUACAUGAUUACUUACGGUCUUAGUGCUGCUGCAAGCACAAGAGUUUCCAAUGAAUUGGGAGCAGGCCAACCAGAAAGAGCUAAAAAUGCAAUGAAAGUCACUCUAAAGCUCUCUCUUAUCCUUGGAUUGGGUUUUGUUUUGUUACUCGUAUUUGGUCAUGAUUUAUGGAUUCAGCUGUUUAGUAAUAGUCCUAUUAUCAAAGAGGAGUUUGCUUCAAUAACACCUUUGCUUGCUAUUUCCAUACUACUAGAUGCUGUCCAAGGUGUCUUAUCAGGGGUGGCUAGAGGAUGCGGUUGGCAGCAUUUAGCUGUUUAUGUCAACCUUGCAACUUUUUAUCUCAUUGGUUUACCAAUUUCAUGCUUCCUCGGGUUUAAGACCAAUUUGCAAUAUAAGGGUUUAUGGAUUGGUCUGAUUUGUGGUCUUGUAUGUCAAACUGGGACACUCUUACUUUUGACAUGGCGUAUCAAAUGGACUAAACUGAAUCUCUCAGCAGACAAAGAUAAAGACCAGCCUAUUGUUGUUUAAAAAAUGAAUGUCUGCCAAUUUGAAUUCAAUAAGUCUGUGUUUGGAACUACAAUGACAUCUGGGCGAAACUAUAAUUUGGAACAAGCAUUGACUUAAAAGAUGAUUACAUCUUGUAAUAAACACGAAUUUUGUACCUAAAAAUAUGUUGUCCAAAACUAUGCUUCCAAACAUUUUAAUUUUCA